UCUGCAAGGGGAAAAGUACAUAGGUUGUACAAAUGUAAACAGAUGUAACCUUACAUAUUGAUAUUCAAAGUUGAAAAAUUUAACAAGAGUUAUAAGUAUCAGUUUGUUGUUUGAAAGCCAAAGUUGAUUAUUAAGACAUUGUAAUAUAGAAUUUCUAUUCUAAUUUGCGACUUUGCGAUGCAUAACAACGAGUACGUAAAGACAAGCCACAGUGAUGACUUUGUUUCGCACCUAAGUAAAAAAUCUAAAAAGUCCAAGGUAAAGAAAACCAGUAGAAUGGAAAAGAAAAAGUAUAAGAAAAAGCAGAAGUACUCUACAUCGUCUUCAAGCAGUGAAAGCUCUGGCAGUGACACAUUGGAAUGGGUGGAGAAAACCAAUGAAAACCAAAUUUCUUCCUACACUACUGAAAAUUCUGUUGAUAGCAAAGCACAAGAAAAGCAGCCGGAAAGAGAUGAAUGGAUGAACGUAGAAAGUUUUCUUCCGUGUACAUCCAAGUCAGAAAUGAAGAAACAAAAACCUGAUAUAAAAGAAAAGAGCAAAACACAGAACCUUCUGGAUAAACCAGGUCAAAGUGACAAAGAAUUAAAUCCAUACUGGAAGGAUGGAGGUAAUGGAUUACCUCAAAAUAGUUCAGGAAGAUUUGAUAAUCAGUUGAUUCCUGAUGUAAACUGGCUAAAAAAGAGUCUUCGUCGCGCUGAGGAACAAGCUUUUAGAGAUGGUAGAAGUCUAGAGGAUGAAGCUGCAGAACGCUGGGGUUCUCUGGAAACUAUACAAUCGAUGAUAGCAAAAGCGGAAAGAAUGUCAAAUUUUGAACAGGACAAAUUCCACCAUAAAAGAUCGUACAAUGACAGAAAUAAGAAAAGUUCGUGGAGAACUUCCAGUUCAAGAAACUACUCGAGGUCUAGAUCUAGGUCCAGAUCUAGAAGCAGAGAGCGAACUGGGAAGUAUAGCACACACUAUUCGUCACAGAGCGCAAAGAAAAAGCGAGUGUAUCAAAGACCAAAUGAAAAUGACGAUUGUUAUCAGCAAGUUGCAUGCGCGUCUAGCAGCAGCCGUGUAAAAAAUUGGAAAAGAAAUAAAGAUGAUGAUAGAAAAUGUGAAUCUGAAUCAUUCUCCUCUAGUUCAAAGGAAACCAAUGCCGAUAGAGUUAGUGAUGCGAGCGAGGCGGUUAAAAGCGAAAAUGCGGGUGUUUUGUCAGAAGCAGAGAUGAACAAGCUGGGAGCAAGAAUUAUUAAAGCUGAAAUAAUGGGUGAUGAGCAAUUGGCAGCUCAACUUAAAGAUCAGUUAGAACAAGCCAGGAAACUCUCUGCAACAAACAAGGCCGUUGCGCAAAAAGAAACUGUGAUUCUUACAAGAACAGAUGCAAAAGGUAUCACAAGACCAUGUCCACCUAGAAGUGGGACUACGGAAAGUCAUGGAAAGAAGAGAAUUGUGGAAACACAUGUUUCCGGCGUAAGAAUACACCAUUUCGCGGACGAUGACAAAUAUUCCUUACAUGAAAUGUUUCAACGAGAGAAAGGAAGAUCGGCAAAUGAGGACGAAGCGAUGUUCACUAAAUUCGCUUCCAGGGGUACAGAUCACAUGGACGAUAUAUUCGAGCGAGAAAUCACACGAUCGGAUUUGGAAGCGAAGGAUGAUAAGCGCGACCGUAUGCGUGCGAUUAAGGAGCACAAGGAUCUAUCCAAACGUCUGGAUAACUGUUGGUUGUGCCCCGACUCAAAGAAUAUGUUAAAACACAUGGUUGUUACGAUGGAUUCCAUGAUUUGCUUGAGCCUACCUGCUCGUGCUUCCUUGACUACUGGUCAUUGUAUAUUGACGCCUGUACAACAUAUAGCGUGUCAAUUGCAAUUGGACGAAGACGUGUGGGACAGACUCAAGGAAUUGAAGAGAAAAUUAACGACAAUAUUCACGAGCGAAGAUUUGUAUCCGGUAUUUUUUGAAGUAUAUAAAAAGCGACGCAGAUUUUCGCACAUGCAAUUGGAAUGUGUCCCGUUACCUACAGACAUUGGUGAAUCAGCACCGAUGUAUUUUAAGAAAGCAUUGUUGGAAUGUGAAACCGAAUGGUCUAUGAACAAGAAAGUUAUUGAUUUAAAGAGUAAAGAUGUACGGCAUGCAGUCCCAAAUGGUCUGUCGUACUUCGUGGUAGAGUUUGCUUCGCAUCCUGGUUACGCUCAUGUGAUCGAGGACGAGGAAAUGUUUCCUAAGAAUUUCGCCGAGGAGAUAAUAGGUGGAAUGUUGGAUUUAGAUUGCAAUUUAUGGCGGAGACCAAAAAAACAAAGUUUCGAUGAGCAAAGAGUAAAAGUGUUGGAAUUUACAAAAAUGUGGAAAAAAUAUAAUUUUUCGCAAGGAGAUAACGCUACUUGAACUUGUAUAAACUUGUAUAGGAUCUAAUCUGGAGAUGCUCUAUAUAUAUCUUUAAUAUUUAAAUAAAAGAGACACACACACACACUUAA